CCGCCAGCCGCAGCCCAUGGCAUGUGGCCCAGAUGAAACGGAGAGAGGCAUCUCUCUCCCGAUUAAAACCAACAACAACAACGGCAAGUCGGCAGCAAAGCAGACAAGAGAAGGAAAUCUACCUCCCUCCUCCCCUCCCCUCCCCUCCGGCAUCCACCCGCUCUCCGGCGCGCCGCCAGAUCGGGCCAGAAGAGGAGGGCGGGCACCUACCUUACCCCUCUCCUCCCCGGCGGCAGCCUGCGCUCGGUCGCCGCGGCGUGUGCGUUUGGCGGUUCGGGAGUCGGGCGGUCCGGCGCCGCGCGCGGGAGGGCAGGGGUCCGUCCGGUCUCCGGAACCGUCUUGGAGGGCAGAUCGGCCCGUCCGGCAACCGGUAAUGCAGCGGAGCAAGAGUUCGGCGGAGGUGGACUUCUUCACGGAGUAUGGCGACGCCAACCGGUACAAGAUCCAGGAGGUCAUUGGCAAGGGGAGCUAUGGGGUCGUCUGCUCUGCCCUUGAUCUGCAGACCAGGCAGAAAGUGGCGAUCAAGAAGAUACACAAUAUUUUCGAGCAUACCUCCGACGCCGCACGGAUUCUCCGUGAGAUCAAGCUUCUGAGGCUCUUACGGCAUCCCGACGUCGUGGAGAUCAAGCACAUUAUGUUGCCUCCCUCGAGGAAGGACUUCAAAGACAUCUAUGUUGUUUUUGAGCUCAUGGAGUCUGAUCUCCACCAAGUUAUCAAGGCCAAUGAUGACUUGACAAAAGAGCAUUACCAGUUCUUUCUCUACCAACUACUCCGAGCCCUCAAAUACAUUCAUACUGCUAGUGUUUACCAUCGUGACCUGAAGCCCAAGAAUAUUUUAGCAAAUUCUAACUGCAAACUGAAGAUAUGUGAUUUUGGACUAGCACGAGUUGCAUUCAAUGAUACCCCAACAACUGUCUUCUGGACGGAUUACGUCGCGACAAGAUGGUAUAGAGCUCCAGAACUCUGUGGUUCCUUUUUCACAAAGUAUACACCUGCCAUUGAUAUUUGGAGCAUUGGGUGCAUUUUUGCUGAGGUGCUGACAGGAAAGCCUUUGUUUCCUGGUAAAAAUGUUGUCCAUCAGUUAGACUUGAUGACUGAUCUUCUAGGCACACCUUCUAUGGAUACAAUUUCUCGGGUCCGAAAUGAGAAAGCAAGAAGGUACUUGACCAGUAUGAGAAAGAAAGACCCGGUCCCAUUUUCUCAGAAGUUUCCUAACGCAGAUCCAUUGGGAGUAAAACUCUUGGAGAAGCUAUUAGCCUUUGAUCCAAAGGACCGUCCAACUGCGGAAGAGGCAUUGACUGAUCCAUACUUUAGAGGCCUUUCCAAGCCAGAGAGAGAACCAUCCUGUCAGCCAAUUAGAAAAAUGGAGUUUGACUUUGAGCACAGCAGGGUGUCAAAGGAUGAUAUAAGGGAGCUGAUAUUCCAGGAGAUAUUGGAAUAUCAUCCGCAAUUGCUGAAGAGCUACAUAGAUGGCACAGAGAGGACCACCUUCCUCUACCCAAGUGCUGUUGAUCAUUUUAAGAAGCAGUUCUCUCAUCUCGAAGAAAGUGAUGGCAGCGGCCCUGUAGUCCCAGCAGAUAGAAAACAUGCAUCUCUUCCUAGGUCAACUAUUGUUCACUCGACUCCAAUUCCUGCGAAGGACACUCGGCCACUCUUUGGCAAGCCUUGCAGCAAAACUUCCUCAGAGACAGGGAGGUAUGCUGGGAACGGUCACGGUGCUUCUCAGGCUUCACACGCGGCACAAGCAGUGGUUUCACGGAGAGCUGCUGGUUCAGCGUUACCUUACGAAGGUGGAAGCGGUAAACACCCUUACGACGUGGCAAGCAGGCCGGCGAUGAGCACAGGAUGCCCUCCUCAGCAGCAGAUCCCACAAAUGUAUGGGCAAUAUCAGCAUCAAGCGCCUGCUGGCGCUGGUGCUGGUGCUGGUGCUGGGAUACCACAGGCCAUGGGGGGCUAUGCUUGUGGGGGUUACGCCAAAGGCACGGCGCCUGCUCCGGCCAUGAGAGCACCCACCUACCGACAUGUUCCGGCGGGGCAGAAGAACGGUCGUCUGGACAGACUGGCGGUGGAGACCACCGACAUAUACACACGGUCGCUCAACGGCAUCGUCGCCGCUGCCGCGGCAUCGGCAGGCACCGCCAGCGCCCACAGGAAGGUCGGCACCGUCCCGUUUGGCAUGCCGACGACUUACUAGCGGCUAUGAAGACGGCAGCGCCGCGUCUCCAGACUCGUUGAUCGGAACGGUAGCAACCGGAGGCAUUGGCCUGAAAUAAGUUGGCGGAUGAGGAUCGUCUGGACGACGACGAAGGCAUACAUAGAUGAAUAUGAAAACCUCUCUAGGCUACACAAAAAAGACGGAGGGUUUGGCCAGAUGAGCUGUUUAUUUAGGUGGGAAUGAAAAUUAAUUAGCUGGUUAGCGGCUGGAGGCAGGUCAACUCAACACAGAAAUGAAGUCUGUAAUGUGCUACUGUACUAUCCAACAGGCUAAUUAAUCAAUUAAUUAAAGGGAUGAUGGUCCAUUGAUCAUCAUCAUAUGAUUCAUUCA